CCAUCGAGAUCCACAAGCGGCUUUACUGACGGAUGGAUCAUUGACACCGAACAUAGCGAAGGAGAUUCUCUUUGCUUCCUUGCGUAGGUACCAAAGAAUGUGGCUUCUGGGCGUCGCCCCCUGCUUGGAGCAGCACUUCCAGAAUGCAGAAGAAUCAGCUAUUCCGAUUUGAGAUGAGGCAAGGGUUGCUGUCGCCGUAGUUUUCAUGGGUUCUUUGGAGAGGGGCAGAUUUGGCAGAGCGAUGAGAACCUGUGCGGGACCCACCGCACCUGGUGGCGGCUCCACCCUCGAUGAUCCCUAUCGCCACGCGAGGAAGCCGUCUCUCGAGAGGGCACGUCCAUCGCUUCCUUCCCUGCUCCGCAAGAGGCGGCUUCAGGCAGAUGCAGCUGUGCAUGGACAAGGCCACAAAUAUUGAAUUAUUUUAAUGGUGCCUAUGUCCAGAUAAAGCAGUUUUGAACCAUGAUAUAUAUGUAGAGACAUUUGUGUGUUUCUCAUUAGCACACACAAACCAAAACAACAGCUUUAUAAUAUUAGCGUUUCACAUUUCAUAUACUUUGGAAAUCAUCAAUCUUGCACGGAGGUGUUGGGAAAUAGAUGUUUAGCUAUAUGUCUCCUCUGUGGUUGACCCGAUCCAAUUCCAGCAGUCUAUGCUCUCGUUCCAGCCUGUUCCAACGAAGACAUACAGUUGUGUCAUUAUCCAAGUCUUUUCGUUCUUCCUCUACUAAUAUUCGAAGACCUAGAUGUAGAUUUCCUUCUUUUACUCUUUCCAAACAUAAAGGAAGUAUUCUUCAGCGAAACAUGGACACCUCAAUGAGAUUGUCUGGGGGCAAAUUUCGUCUUGCAUCAACGACAAGGUGUCGAAGUAUGAGUUUGAGCCUUUCUUUGCCAUCACAUGAGAAGUUCUCGGGAGUCUCUUGGAAUACUAGAAACUUACCAUUGGUAGCAGGUGGCGCUUCGCUUGGGCUUUAUUUGUGCUUUACGACUUCAGGACCAGUAUAUGCUGAACCUUCCAGGGGAAGAACUAACAAGAAUGAUGGAAACAGCACUGGAUAUUCUCAUGGAAAAAAAAUUUAUACUGAUUAUUCCAUUACUGGCAUCCCAGGAGAUGGAAGAUGCUUAUUCCGUUCAGUGAUGCAUGGGGCAUGUCUCAGGUCUGGCAAGCUACCGCCAGAUGAGAAACUUCAGAGAGAAUUAGCAGAUGAAUUGAGGGCCAGGGUUGCUGAUGAAUUUGUUAAGAGGCGAGCAGAGACUGAAUGGUUUGUUGAGGGUGACUUUGAUACUUAUGUAUCUACAAUUAGGAAGCCACAUGUAUGGGGAGGUGAGCCUGAAUUAUUCAUGGCGUCACAUGUUCUUGAAAUGCCAAUCACAGUUUAUAUGCUCGAUGAGGAUGCUGGUGGUUUAAUAGCAAUAGCAGAGUAUGGCCAAGAAUAUGGGAAGGACGAUCCAAUUUGUGUUCUUUAUCAUGGCUUUGGUCAUUACGAAGCCCUACAAAUUCCUGGACGAAAAGGUUCAAGAUCUAGAUUGUAGCUUUUUGGACAUGGUGCUUUUUAUGCUGUUGUUGAUUGUGGCACCCGUUCAAUGGGCAGAUGGAUGGACUUGCUGCCUGGGGAAAUUUGAGCCCAAAUGUCCCAGCAUUAUGUUGGGACACCAGCUCAACACUUCAUGCUGAAAGGAAGAUCAACGCACGAGGAAGAACUUGCAUAACCGAUGAUCUACAUAUGUGAUAUGCUGUUUACAGAUAUGAAACCCAGGAUUUGCUCUCCAAAUUUUCAUUCAAUGGGAACCAUGAGAUUGUCAAAUUAUGUGUUCGUCUUUUCUUUUUGUUUUAUAAGGUACCUUACACUCUCUAGUGCAUGCACUAAUAAUGGUGGCCACUCUAGAUAUCACUUACUUGAAUCAAGUUAUCACAGCUCGUAUUAAUUCA